GAUAUCUCGCGGCAUGAUGCGCCGCCCGGGGUACCCAUGCAUCACGGGCGGCGCCAUCGUGCGGCUUUACAACUUCCCAACCGUCACAUUCAAGAACGAUGGACCCAUGAGAUUGUGAGCAGACCGACAAGCAGCACACACGUCUCUCUCCCGCUCUCGUGCAUAUGUCAGUUGUGUUAGCAUUUUGUCGAUGGAGCGGUUCUUGCAUCAUCUGCCGCCAGCGGCCAAGGAGGCCCUCGAGGCCAUGGAGAGGGAGAGACAUCAGACCAGAACGAGACGAGUCUCGAGAAUAUUCGGACUGCCACAUGCGGACGUAAGCGCAAGUGCAUGUCACGUGUGUACGUAUCCGUGCAUGAAUACGGCGGCUCUCUGUGUGUUCGUGUGCAGGUGAUAGAUGACGACAUCAGGUCAGUCGAGUGGUGCCACGCGUAUGAGCAGUUCAUUGUGGACCGUCUGCGGCGUCUGCCGGUCAAGCCGCCCCCAUACAUACCCGUCGAUACGUCAGACUAGUAGGGCAUGUUUGUAUGCAUGCGUGUCGUAUCGUGCGGCCCUUCCAGCUUUCUGAUGGAGGCUGCGUGUGCUGUAUUCAUGAUCAAUUGUAUGUUUGCACGUUGCGUGUACGGAUGUGUGUGCAGACGCAAACAGUGCGAUUCACUGGAGAAACGGAAAAGUCGCCACGAUCGACACGUCAGUGCCGAUCGACCUCUGCUACCAGAUCAUAUCAACAGACAGAGUAC